AUGGACUUGCACGAGAGUGAAGGUCGGCCCACGCGUACCCACGAGGAGCUUGGGGGACGCAAGCACACCCCCAACCUCGCUUGCUCGCUCGCCGACGUGAAUGCGGCCAAUCCAGUGCCCGCCACCCCAUCUGAGUCCGCGCCGAAGUGGCCCCUCAAUACCGUGGACGACCUAGUAGGUCUACAGUAG